AUGAGUCUCAAUCUUCUCUGUCUGGAUUGUGUUCAAUCAGAAGUUUACAAUAAUGUGGAGGAUUUGAAAGCGCACAUCGCUAGCGAUCAUCUCAACUCUUGCCCCUAUGAGUAAGUUUGUCAACUAAGUUCAUUCUUAUAAAAAACAAUUUUUGGAGGGGCAGAACUUCUAGUUCCGUUUUUUUUUCAAAUAAAAACCGUUCACCAAAUCGUACGUUUUCAGAUGCGAAAAGUGCAAGUACGCAAAGUUUCCGACAGAAUAUGCACUUGUCAGCCAUUGUCAGAACGAUCAUGGUCUUCUAGAGUUUUCAGUAAGUUAUAUUAUUUGUACAAAAAACAUGAGAGUUGCGGAUGCACCGCAAGUGCGCAACUUUCUAUGUUGUGUUUAAUAUUAAUCAACAUUCAACACUUUUAGAUCAAGUAUCGUUAUACGCCGGAGCUGAAAAUUAGGAGAAGAGAACUAGCCGAUAAGAUCCAGCGAUGUCUAGCCCUCAGUCACUCCGUAAUCGGCGAGCAGAAGAUCAGCGAAGCAGUCUCGAGCACCAUGGUCAAGAUGGAAGAUUCUGAUGUGACUUCCAGCCCGAUGCAGUCGAGUUCUCCAGGAACUUUUCUGGAAUCGCCCUCCAUCAACUCUUAUCAAGCGUUUUUGGGUGAGAAUUCUACAUAGCCUUUCUAUCUAUCCAAUAACUUUUUAGAUGAAGCUCUUUCCCGGCACGAAGAGGAAAAAAGCGAUGGAGGAUCAGAAGGCGGCGGUCCGAUGAGGAAAUCAAAGCAGAUUCAGUGCCUUCUCUGUGGAGAUGUAGUCUCCAGACAACGAUCGAGCAUGGUCUAUCACGCGAAUACUCGGCACGGAAAGUACGAACUCUACGAGUGCGGAAUCUGUCAUCGAAAGUGGCAGACGAUUGCCAAGUCGGAUGUGAUCAAGCACAUCAAAAGCCAUCAUGAACAGCCGGAUGGAACUGUCGAUUUGGACAUGGUGAUCGACUAUCGAAAGAAUUUGGGAACAAAGCUGAAGGAGAUUACCGAGAAGUGCUUCCCAGAGCGAAAGAAGAAGAGGAUUGGAUACACCGAUGCGCAAAACUGA